AUGCCCGGGCAUCUCCUCAUUCUCGGCUCGACAGGCGCAUGCGGCCAACUACUCGUCGAAACACUACUCGACAUCCCCCAUUCCAAAUCCCCCAACUUUCCACCGGGCUCAUGGCACACCCCAAACCCAGCCCUCCCGACUCUAACUCUAUACCUACGCACCCCCUCGAAGCUCCCCACCACAUUCAGCACCCACCCGAACGUCACCCUCGUCGAGGGCACACUCACACCUGCCGACGAAGCCAAACUCACGUCUGCAAUGACGGGCGUCUCGGCUGUUCUUAGUGCUAUUGGGCCCAGUGUCAAAGAAGGACCGGACACGCCCAUCGCAGAGGCUUAUAAAGUCGUCUUGCACGCCAUGCGAGCGAGCGGGGUGAAGAGGCUCAUCGCGCUGGGCACGCCGAGUAUCACGGACGAGAAGGACGGUUUCAGCUUGGUUUAUAAGGCGAUGGUACAUGGGAUCGCGCUCUAUGCGCCCAAUGCGUACAAGGAUAUCGUGAAGGUGGGAGAAGUCAUUCGUGGAGCGAACGAAGGUGUGGAGAGCGGGAAGGAGAUUGAAUGGACGAUCGUGAGAGUGCCGGCGUUGACGAGUUCGAAUAAUAAGGAGGUCGUGGCGGGGUAUAUUGGCGAUGGGAAGACUGGGGCGACGCUUGCGAGGGCUGGGUUUGCGGCGUUCGUGGCGGGAGAGUUGCGGGCUGGAGAGUGGAUCCGUGAGGCCCCUCUGUUGACCUCGGCUUGAGUGAGUACUUGGGACGCGAUCGUCUGAACGCGAUACUCGGGAAUAUCGUGUCCUCGUGUUGUACUGGAAUACCGUUCCUAUCAGAUAGAACCCAGUGUCUCGGUAUCCAAGUUG